GGGUCGCUGAGCAGAACAAACAUGCUAUUUGUGCCCCUCCCGAUUUAGAUGAGCAGUGCGCACAAGGUGUAUAUCUUCAACUUUUAGGGCAACAUUCACGAGAACAUGUUUAGCCUACUUGUUAAUGGGGUGCUUCUCCCACCAACAUUAUGCUUAGAGAUUUGGUGUCUUUUAAACCCACCGUAGGUUACAUCUAGUCUGUAUUUUGAAUCCCCAUCAACUUCUUCUUCUGAUAGCGUUGCAGGCGGCCAACCGGCCGUGCAUCUGCACACGGUCCAAACAGUGGCAGUCACAAGGCUACAUCAGAUAGGCUGUGUAGUUGUUUGCACUCCGGAUGGCUUCAGAGAUCUACCAGCGGCUGUUAAAACCCACUUCGAGAGGAGACAGCAAAGCCAAAAGAAGAUCAGAACAAGAAAUACAACUUAGUUUUGUAAUAACUUCUUAGAAGUAGGCUACUUUUAAGUCACGUUUUAUUUGUUUUUGUAUAAGUCUUGAUUUUAUCGACUUUAGGAGAUCUAUUUAAAUCUGAUAUUAUCCACAUUGUCAGUCAUGUUCAAAAAAAAGGAUGCGGAAAAAUUGGCCCUGGUGUCAGACGUGAGGAACUCGUACACCACUAUAAGCGUGUCCAACCAGGAAGCAUUACAGAUGGACGGCACAGGUGACAUCAAGCAUUGCCAUGACAACAGCUAUGCACAGGAGGAUCGUGAACAAGAAAAGAAAGUGGCCAAGAGGAGGUUGUAUCUAGUCUCAGUCAUCUGCCUGGUUUUCAUGAUUGGUGAAAUCCUUGGUGGGUAUUUUGCAGGCAGUCUUGCAGUGAUGACAGACGCUGCUCACCUGCUUGUGGACCUAGUCAGCUUCAUCAUCAGCCUGUUGUCCCUCUGGCUCUCCUCCAGACCUGCUACACACAAGCUCAGCUACGGCUGGCAUCGGGCAGAGAUCCUGGGUGCGCUGCUGUCAGUUUUCACCAUCUGGCUGGUAACAGGAGUGUUGGUUUACCUCGCCGUGGAGCGCAUUCUCGACGAUAACUACACCAUCGAGGGCACUAUCAUGCUCAUUACCUCUGGUUGUGCAGUGGUGGCUAAUAUUAUCAUGGCCUUCGCUCUUCACCAGUCCGGCCACGGCCACAGUCACGGGGGUCUCGGUUCACCCGGGCACGGCCACAGUCACAACGGUCACAGCUCGAACGGCAACAGUCACGGGGGUCAAGGGCACAGCCACAUUGAGCAAGAAAGACAGAGAACUCAGCAGGCCAACGCCAGUGUGCGAGCAGCCUUUGCCCAUGUGUUGGGAGAUCUUCUCCAGAGCGUCAGCGUGUUUCUCAGCGCCAUCAUUAUCUUCUUUAAGCCAGAAUAUAAGAUUGCUGACCCUAUCUGCACAUUCCUGUUCUCCAUAUUUGUCUUGUGCACCACGCUUACCAUCCUGAGGGAUAUUGUCAUUGUCCUAAUGGAAGGCACUCCAGCAGGGGUGAAGUAUGGAGAAGUGCGGGAUAGUCUGCUAGCAGUGAAGGGGGUGACGGCUGUCCACAACCUUCACAUCUGGGCCCUCACCAUGAACCAGACUGUACUGACUGCACACGUAGCCAUAGACGAGACAGUGGAUGCCCAGACUGUCCUGAGGAAAAUGACACAGGCUUGUUUUGCCUCCUACAACUUCCACUCUGUUACAAUUCAAAUGGAGAGACAGGCCGACCUGAAGCCCGGAUGUAACCUGUGUGAGGAUCCCAAGAAGUAGGAAUCUGCCUAAUUCUUAAAAUGAUCCCAACGGAAUAAGGCCUAGCUAUGUUUUUGCUCCUGUAACCUCAAUACUUAUAACAAGUUGGUUUUGCACUGCUCGAUGGAUCCUAAGGCCUGUUCCUUAAGUGCCUCUGUCUUUUAGACUAUAGUGUUGUUUAUUUUACUACAAUUUGUCACACAAUUUGUAAUCAAAUGGGGAAGUUUCAUGGUGAUACCUACAGUAUUAAUUAAAUUUAUAACCUUAUUAACUUGUGGUGCCUUCCCUUUGUGUUGACAUUCCCAAAGAAAUAGUUGUAUUGAAAUGAGCAUGUGCCUGAAUUAAAGGCAAGCUUGCUCACAAUUUUUAUUUUUUUAAGUGCUUUUUUUCUUUUAGAAAAAGCACAUCCUGUGUAAAGUUUUAACAUGUCAAAAACUUUAAAGGUUCAAUAUGUAAUAUAUUUACUGU